AGACGCCUGUUAUUUAUGUACGUGUGUGGGUGACUUACAGAGUCAGUGUUUUUGCCUUCGCGCGCGGGACAGUAGCUCGAUCUGUUGGUGGCAGUUUUAAUUCGCAAUGCUACAAUUUACAAUGGCCGUUUGAUAUGAUCGUCACCUAGCUUUUACGGAUGGAUUGUCAAUUUUUCCACAUUGUUGGACCCGAUGAUUGUUUGAUCGUUCGGCGUCGAAGCGAAACGAUUAUUUCGGUAAUUUUGAGGUGUUAAAAUUCGAGGUGAACAUCUGAGUGGUUGGAAAAAUGGCAGAGAUUGAAGCCAUGGAGGGCUUUAUCUGCCCGAUUUGCAUGAUAGAUUUAAAAACUCCCACUGUGCUGACAAAACAUUUCGAGGAGUAUCACAAGGAUGAUCCUGAAAUUCUCAAGUCUCUUAAAGAUUUAUUUGGAAAAGCCAAGAAAAAAAUAUUAAAGCAAGAUGAAAUUCAAGAUUAUCCAGAAGCAUUAUUAGCUAGUGUACAAAGUAAAAGACAAGAAAUUGAUUGGGGUCCACAAGAUAUUGGUGUGACAAGAUCGCACUCAAAGUAUUUUAAAGAAAUAAGAAACACAAGAUUGGAGAGAUAUGCCACAGAGACUAACAAACUUUUGAUAAGACUGGAUAAACUGCUAAGUAAUUUGCCUAGUGAUCCUGUCAGACGAAAAUAUCACGAACAAGCUAUAGUCCCCUGGAUGGAUGAUAAGGAUGUGAGAUUGUGCCUGACAUGUGCGAAAAGUUUCAACUUAACCAGAAGGAAACAUCAUUGCAGACUGUGUGGUGUAAUGAUGUGUCACGACUGUAGUAUAUUCUUAUCUCUAGUCGAAGCGCGUAAAAUGACUAGUCCAGCCUUGGUGCAAGAAGAAGGAGCUCUUUCACCUACAAACGAAUCCAUAACGUUCACUAAUCGCCUCGUCCAAGCCGGUGUAGGUCUAUCAAAAUUUGCACGUUCACCGUCCAGCGGAAGCUUGAAUAGUGUGUUAUCAAUAAUUGGCGACUCGUCGAACAGUGAUCAGUUCUUUCGAGUUUGUCAGCAUUGUAAUAAUCUUUUAGAAGCAAGAGAACGGCUGAAAGCGAGGCACUUUGAAAAACCCGCUGUACACCAAUGGUACGAAAAGAUGCGUGUACAGAUGCAGGAAGGCGAUCGUUUCAUGAAUAUCUACUACAAGAUGUGGAAUUCGCUCAAUGAGGGUGAAUCGACUUAUGAUCUUCGCGAUGCUCAAGUUGUACGCGGAAAGAUCGCUAAAAUCGGCGACAAUAUCGACUUGAUAAGUAAGAAAAUUGCCUCCCUAGUCAAAGUGGACGACAAUAGUCCAGCGGCCUCAAAACAAGAGUCCAGGUUACAUCAGAUGGUUAGGACAUCGGCGAUGAUUUAUUUGAAGAAUGAGUUACUAAGAGCACCACCUGUACCAACCGAAGAAGAGUUUGAGGCGAUCAAAAAGGAAAGAGCGGAGAAGAUAAGAGCGAGAAUCGCAUACGAGAAACAAUUGGAUGAAGAGAGAUUAGAGAAACUUAAAGAGUCGCAGAGAGAAAUAUCUCAAAGGCCAUUCGACCGAAGCGAUAAGAAAAGUCCUACGUCAAACCAGGUGGUGUUGGACCAAUCGCAAGGUUGGGGUACAUCAGGCCGUCCAGGUGGUAACAUGAUGAUCACCACAGACUCGAUCGAUCCAUUUGUCGAGCAAAUGAGUAAUCUACGUUUUUACAUAAAACAAGCUCGCGAAGAGUGCAAAUUUGAAGAAGUAGCGACUCUGGAGAGAAAUCUCAAAGAACUUCAGAGCGCUUAUUUCGCGAUGCAGCAGAAUGAAAACAACAGUACCGGCAACGACUGAAGCCUUUGUGAUAUAUAUAUGCAAUCGCAUUAUUGUUACGUUUGUUAUUUUUUUGUAGAGGAAAACAACGUAUACAUUCUAAGUUUUACACUGUAUUUACAAAUAAAAUUCGAAAUCGAAACGAA